UGUUUACUGCCGUGGUUACGGACUUGACAACGGACGCCGAUUCGCUCAGUGCGUUCUGUACGGAAUCUGGAAAACUUCUCCCCGAGGGUUGAGGGGCAAAAUCAGGGUCAUGUCUGGAGGACAAUUGAAUUGGUUAUGGCGCACGGGCAGUCGACAGAGUGUUUGAUGAUUUUAUGCCAUGAUGUUGUCCUGCAAAGAAGCAACAAAAUUAUUGAGACUGGUGAAGUUUAAAGGUGUCGUUUAUUUGAUGUCCUAAAUGCUCGGGCCAGCGUUGAGCAAAACAGACCUGUAUCAAGUGUUUACAGUACGUUUCUUGCCUCAAGGGCUUCCUCGUAUCAACGUUCAGUCGCUGCUGUCAACCAGUCUAAAGAGCAGGAGUCCAGGGUACGAGAGUCAAGGUUGCAGGAAUAUUAUCAGAACUGUUGUCGGAAAGCAGAGGACAGAGGGGAGGAGUGUAUCACAUUUGAAGACUUCUGUGCCCACUUCAUUCAGAGCUGGUGGCACAAGGUCCACACCAGACGUCAGCUCCAAGGCAUCAUGGCUGCCGUCACACCUCUGAAGAGUGCCUCAUCCGUUGGCAAGUCAGUAUCCAUCGUCCUCUCACCAGAGACAGGUGUGGUCAGGGGUGAGAUCCACACACCAGGGGCACCACCCCCAUCAGUCAAGGCAGAGUCGAGGAGGUCGAGGAAGUCGGUGCCGAUCAAGAAGAAGAAGAAGAAGAGAACAGAGCCAUUGGUGCCCAACGAGGCAGCAGCUAUCAUUCAACAAGCAUGGAGGAGACAUAUUGAUGUGCAGGUGUACCGCUACUACAGAGACCUCAUCAACUUCCGUUGCCGUGGUAACCCAGCGAUGAUGCUGCGUUGCAUCAAUCCAAAGGAGGCUCGUUUGCUGGAUGCUGCUGCAGGGAUCCACAUCAAGUUUAGACUUGCCGGGGCCAAGUUUCCACCGAACAUCUACUACAAGAUCUUCACCCAUCGGACCAUCAUCGACAUGUGUGCCAACAGCCCUAAAGACUACACCAAGGCCAGUACCAAACGGUUCGCUGCCAGGGAUGUCCACAAUCGUAGAGAGCAGGGCAGUCCAAACCUUGGGCAAGGUGGUGGUGAGGUGGAAAAGACAGGAUGGUAUCAGAGAGAGGAGAAUAAUGGAUGGAGGCUUGUUUCUGAUAGGUUGAUCUUGAGAGCAGACCAGGACCCAAUUACAUGGGAGAGUUCCAGGACCAAAAAAGAUUUCCAACAUUCCAAGCUCCUUCGGAAGGAAGACGUUGAGAAGAAAAAGAAGAGGACAAAACUAGAAUGGAUGAAAAAAAUGUACAAAGAAGGCAUGCUCCAAGCCCAGGCCGACGAUGAGGGUCUGAACACUCUAGUUGAGGAUGCUACCGACGGUCUCAUGGCUCAGAUAGAGAACAAAGGACCAGAUUCUGUGGAUGACUGGGAGGUCGAUGAACUCCUACAGUGGACCAGCGGAUUGAACUUUGAUGACUACCAGAAAUCAUGGAAGGAGAUAGCCACUUCUGCAGGAUCAGAGACAUAUAUAGAUGAAAGGCUGCAGUUCAAGACGAGCAAGCAGGAUCCUUAUGAGUUCACUUUCACCAUGAGAGAAUCUCUCCCUUCCCCACCCUCACCAUCUAGAGUCACCACGGCCAAGACAAGAAGCGCAACAACAAAACAUCAGAUAGAAGACAUAGCUGUCAACUGAUAUAGAAAGAGAAAAGACUUUCACGCUGCAAUUGGAAGACAUAAUUGUUAAUUGAGAUUGAAAGAGAAAAGACUUUCAUGCUGCAAAAAAGGGGAAGAGAGACCAAAACAACUACAAUUUGCAUUUACUGUCCAUGGAAACAGCCAAAAUGGCCUGGAAAUGUCAAUUUUUGACACUUUGGAUGUUGCUUAUUGAGUCUGUCCAGUUCAGAAGGAGUAAGCACAGAGAUACAGGUACAGUCUCAGCCACCAAGCUUCACCUCUUUAGUUAUGUCUAAAUGCAUCAACACACCUUCUAAUAAAUGACCUAGCAGUCAGCUGCAAUAGUCAGUGAAACCCAUUCAAAGUAUAUUCUAAAAGUCUUCAUCAAACGUUCACCUAUAAGUAUGUCUGACAUUGCAAUGGCAGAGGCCAUUGGUGCUGGACUGUCUGAUCUAAUAUGCUUUUGAGGGUGAUCUUGGGGAACCAUGAGAAAACACACUAAAGGUCAAGCCCACCCUAGAAAAGUGUUGAUUUGAAUAAAUAGAGAAAAAUCAAACAAGCACAACACUGAAAAUUUCAUCAAAAUCGGAUGUAAAAUAAGAGAGUUAUGACAUUUUUAAUGUUUCACUUAUUUUUCCACAAAACAAUGAUAUUCACAACUCAGUGACAUUAAAAUGAGACAGUUGAUUGAUGAUGUCCAGAACUCACUACUUCUUUUGUUUUUUUAUUGUUUGAAUUAUACAAUAUUUCAUUUUUUACAGAUUUGACAAUAAGGACCAACUUGACUGAACCAUAUAGUAUCAAACAAUGCUCAUUCCACAGUUCAGGGGGAAUUAAUUUGUUUCACUUGACAAUGAGAAAAUUAGAAUGUUUUGAAUUUCAUAAAAUAAAAUGUAAAAGAAAUAGUGAGUGAAUGACAUCAUCAGUCUCCUCAUUGGCAUAACGACAAGGAUGUGCAUAUAACUGUUUUGUGAAAUUAAUUGAAACUUUGGAAUGCCAUAAAUUUCUUAUUUUACAUUCGAUUUUGAUGAAAUUUUUAGUGUUUUGCUUGUUGGAUUUUUCUCUUUAAAUUCAAAUAAAUUUUUUGUUGGGGUAGACUUGUCCUUUAACCGUCCAAACUUUUAUCUUUAUGACGUCAAUGGCAUUACUUUUGACAUAAUACAAUCAAGAAUCAGUCACUUUUAUAUAUAAUGCUUACAGCAUUGCUGCUGACCCAAGCACUCAGAAUUUCAUGAAGUGAUGGACACCUUUUCCUGCAUCAACAUUUGACAAAUCACCUUGCUCCUCAUUUAUUUACAAAGAAACAGAUCAUAAUCUCCUGGAUGAUACAUUGAUAGAUUUCCAUACCUGAGAUAGAUGUGAUCAAUCACAAUUCUUUGUAAACAGGGACUCUGAAUUACAUGAACAUCAGUAAUUAUAAUGGAAGCAGUGAUUUAGGAACAUACACAAUCUAAACAUGCCAAAGUUUAAAGCAUCCAGGAGAGACUAUAUUUAUGACAAAUAUACUUUUUUAUUAGAAUCUUGAGAAAUUUAUUGAUAUGUAAAUAAUGCUCAAUCCUAAAGAUGUUUUCCCAGGCUGCAGAAAUAAUCCAAAUUAGCACUAUAUUAAAGGGUAUAAUAAUAGCAUCUCCAAUAUAUGAACCCUUUGGCAGUGAGAUAAAUGUUGAAGAUGAUUGGUAAACAUUUAUAUGUCAUGAGUAGCUCUAUUCCAUUCUUCCAAUUAUCUGCCGUCCAGCGUCUUUAUUGCAUCAACGUUUUCUAAGUAAUAUAUAUACAUAAUUAUAUUAAUUUUGAUGUAUUUACAUUGCAUAUUGCAAUAAACUUUGUAAGCCAUUUAUAUUAUA